AUGGUUGAUAUCACUGUCGAGAACGCUACUGGUUCUGGUGCAAAGACUAUCGCCUCUUCCAGUCGCACCACAACUGUCCCUGCGAUGGUUGCGGUAGAGAAGCACGAAAAGUUUUCUGGUAUAGACUUUAAACGCUGGCAACAGAAAAUGUUCUUCUAUUUAACAACCCUCAGUCUGCAAAAAGUUAUUACUGAGGAAGUUCCUGUUCUACCAGAAAAGACUCCGGACAACGAACGUUUCAUCGUGACGGAGGCAUGGAAUCAUUCUGAUUUUCUAUGUAAAAACUAUAUUCUCAAUGGGCUGGAUGAUGGUCUUUAUAAUAUCUAUAGCGGCUGUAAGACGUCUAAGGAAUUAUGGAAUGCUUUGGACAAGAAAUAUAAGACCGGGGAUGCUAGGUUGAAAAAGUUUGUUGUUGCGAAGUUCUUGGACUUUAAAAUGGUAGAUAAUAAAUCUGUCAUGUCGCAAGUUCAGGAACUUCAAGUGAUUACACAUGAUCUGCUUGCGGAAGGAAUGGUAGUCAAUGGAGCUUUCCAGGUUGCGGCCUUUAUUGAAAAAUUGUCGCCUUUGUGGAAGGAUUUUAAAAAACUACUUAAAGCACAAAGGUAA